AAUGUUCCGGGUCAGAAACUGGACUAAGAGGAGAUAAACUCCGGGAUAAGAAAAAAACACGAACUAAACACAACCAAACAGUCAUGUAACCGCUUACAAAUACAGGUACGGGACAUUUGUCAGCCUUUCAGUGGAGAUGUUCCGAGAAAGGUAAAAAAAAGAGGAAAAGAGACUCCCGGGAUCAACACAGAAGUGGAGCGUGACACAUUUGCGUUUGAAAUCGACACAACACUGGUUGCUCUGGUGCUCUGGUGCUCUGGGAGAGUUUCCUCCGCUUGUUCGCUUCAGUUUUGAUUGCCGUGGCAACUUUCAGCAGCAGGACGGAUUUAUCCAGGCUUCGAGUCGUCAUCAUCCCGUGAUGUUUCACUGUAUUCCCCUGUGGCGGUGCAACCGUCACAUUGAGUCGAUCGAUAAGCGCCACUGUUCGCUGCUGUACGUCCCGGAUGAGAUCUAUCGCUACAGAGGGAGUUUGGAAGAGCUUUUACUGGACGCCAACCAACUCCGUGAUUUGCCCAAGCCAUUCUUCAAUUUGACGAAGUUGAGAAAGCUCAGCCUGAGUGACAAUGAGAUCCAAAGGUUACCCGGGGAUAUUGCCAACUUCAACCAACUCGUUGAGUUCGACAUCUCUCGAAAUGACAUUAUGGAACUCCCUGAAAGCAUUUCAUAUUGUAAAACCCUCCAAGUAGCAGAUUUUAGCGGAAAUCCUUUGACAAGAUUGCCUGAAAGUUUUCCAGAAUUACGGAAUUUAACAUGCCUUUCCAUCAAUGACAUUUCUUUGCAAGCACUUCCAGACAACAUUGGAAACCUCUGUAACUUGGUAUCACUGGAACUCCGGGAAAACUUGCUGACGUAUUUACCAGAGUCUGUGUCUCAGCUUCACAAACUUGAAGAACUUGAUGUAGGAAAUAAUGAACUGUAUAAUUUGCCGGAGACAAUAGGCUGUCUCAUCAGUCUAAAAGACCUGUGGCUGGAUGGAAACCAGUUGUCUGACAUACCACCGGAACUUGGUGGGAUGAGAAGCCUUACUUGUCUAGAUGUAUCAGAGAAUAAGAUAGAGCACCUCCCAGAGGAGAUGGGAAACCUGCUUUCCCUCACAGACCUCCUGGUGUCCCAGAACCUCAUUGACAUGCUGCCCGAGAGCAUAGGAAAAUUAAGAUGGCUUUCGAUAUUGAAAGCGGAUCAGAACCAAUUAGUGCAGCUGCCGGAGAGCAUCGGCAACUGUGAAAGCCUAUCUGAACUGGUGCUGACUGAAAACCAGCUGGUUAAUUUGCCUAGAAGUAUUGGAAAACUAAAGAAACUGUCUAACUUCAACUGUGAUAAGAAUCGCCUAAUGUCUUUACCGAAAGAGAUCGGUGGCUGCAGCAGUCUGAAUGUUUUGUGUGUGAGAGAAAAUCGUCUAACACGAAUCCCUCCAGAGCUCUCACAGGCUGCAGAACUGCACGUCCUUGAUGUCUCUGGAAACAGGCUGCUGUACCUGCCACUGACCCUCACUACUCUACGACUCAAAGCACUCUGGCUGUCUGAGAAUCAGUCUCAACCCCUGCUCACCUUCCAGACAGACAUGGACCCUGAGUCUGGCGAGAAGGUGCUCACCUGUGUACUGUUGCCGCAGCAACCCUGUGAAUCAGAAAACAAAGGUUCAGAUAAUCUGGCCCGCUGUGGAGCUCUGGAGAGUUUAGUGGAGAGUGGAGCACUAAACGACACAUGGGAUGAUACAGCCACAAACAGAAUGAGUACCAUCCGUUUCAUGGAGGAGGAUGUUGAUGAAGAUGAUGAAGAGAGGACGCUGUUGAGACGGGCCACGCCCCACCCUGGCGAGCUGAAAAACAUGAAGAAGGUGGCCGAGACCAUCCGUAAGGACAUGAAUGCUGCCAAAGGCCUGGACUCCAACAAAAAUGAGGUCAAUAAUGCUGUGGACCGAGUGACCACGUCUGUGUGAACGCUUUAACUCCGAGAUGUCUCUUACCCAGUGUGUCUCCCCUGAAGCCCCUCCCGCAGAGCCAUUCCUCACCGCCCCUGUUCUCUCCCAGGGGUGGAGCUCCCUUUUACUCUCCUGGGACCAACAGAGCCCUUUGUCCAGCCCUGCUAACAUCAUCCACUCCUGACCUGUGACAGGGACAAUCCCCCACAACCAGGUGCCUUCUUUUUUAAGGACCUCCAGAGCAAUAAAUCUGCAAAGGAAUGCACAUUUUACCCUUAAAACUCCAGAUCCAGUGCUUUUCAUUUGUUUUUCUUUGACACGCAAAAUAGGUAGUUGCACUACAAGUCUUAGCAUAAAUCUGUCAAAAUCUUUAUCAUAGAUAUAUUAAAUUUAUAUAUAUAUUUGCUCUUUUUAUUUUUAAUUUUUUUUUAUUUGGAAACACUGGGUCCAUUUCUUUUUCUAUGGUGAUGCAUGGAGCCCAGGUAUUUUUGGACCUACUGAUUUAAAAAAACAAAUAUUGUAGAAUUGCUUGUGAAUAUUGAUACUUUUAUACUUACGGCAGCUCAGGUGGUGUACAUUUUAAAAAUGACAAAAGAUGUGUUGUACAUUUCUUAAUCAAUGAACAUUCUUAUUCCUGCUGUAGGGACUUUAAAUCAGAGUUGAAAAGCAUUCGAACAAAAUGGCAGAUUUUUGUUGUCAUACAACCCCAAUUCCAAAAAAGUUGAGACUAAUAAAAACAAAAAGGAGUGAUUUGUAAAUUAUAUUCACCUUUUGCUAUAUUGAAAGCACCACAACUAAACAUUAUAUGACGUUUUACCUUGUGAAUUUCAUUAUUUUUAUUUAUUUUUAUUUUUUUUUAUAUACAGUAAUUUCAAAUCAGAUCAGAUCAACACACUUCAAAAACGCUGAGACAGGCAAUUUAAGACUAAAAGCAAUUUGACAAGUUACAAUAACAAGGCGAUGUGAAACAGGAGAUGUUAAACAUGUUAUGCAAUCGUGUCAUAGUAUAUAAAAAGCCUCCAAAAUCAGCCUAGUGUGACAAUGUGAGAAUUUGAUUGCAGUUAAUAACUUGCAUUGUGAACAGCUGAUCAUUAUGAAAUUUGGCAUCCACUUACAGGUAGCCAAAAUUAAGCUGUAUACCAAAUUUUGUGAGAAUCUGCCACAAUGUGGAACUAUAAGAUGCUAAUUCAUGUUUUGUUAUUAACAUUUUUUUUAUUCCAUCCACAAUUCCGAUUUUGGAGCAAAAAUAUAGAUAAAAAAAAAGAACUUAACUUUAGAAAGCUGGCAGCAUCAUUAUUUUAUAUUUACACAGAGAUAGAUAGGUCUAUUACUAAAAUAGGAUUUACUUCAGCACCUCUUGUUGCAUUAUAUGCCAGUGGUGCGAGUCCAAAAAUUGGAGAGAACAACAAAAAAUAAAUAAAACACCAACACUUUUUUUUUUUUUUUUCAAAGGUGGAGCGCCUGUUACUCCUGAAGUAUUAAAGAUAUCUUAAAGGAAUGUUCUGGGUUCAAUACAAGUUAAGCUCAAUCGACAGCGUUUGUGGUAUAAUGUUGAUUAACAGAAAUAUGUAUUUUGACUUGUCUCUCCUUUUCUUUUUUUUAAAAAAAAGCAAAAGUAUUGGUUGCAGUGAGUCAUUUACUUUGAAUGUUAAAAUACUCACUGUUUCAAAAGUUUAGCCACAAGACAUAAAGGACAUGUAUGUUAACAUGAUUUUAGUGUAAUAAAAUCACUUACUCACCUUUUCUGUGUAAACUUCUAGCCAAUUGUACAACUUUGUUAACAUGAUGAUGUAAUGUCAACAAACCCAAAAACCCUGAAAUGACUGUAAAAAUGUUAACAACUUAGCAGAAGAAUUAAUGUCAGUGCUUUUAUAAAAUUAAAACUUCACAUUUCUGCCUUUAAACCCUCCAAAAAUUGGCCCCAUUGACUUCUAUUGUAAGUGCCUCACUGGAACCCAGAUUUGUGCUUUUUUUUUUUUUAAAAGAAAAGGAGAGACGAGUCGAAAAUAAUUUUUGUGGUAAUCAACAUUAUGCCACAAAUGCUGAUGAUUGAGCUCAACUUGUAUUGAACCCGGAAUAUUCCUUUUAAUAUCCUUUUAGAGUUGGGUUCUAAACAAACUUUUCUUUUUGUAUCUUAAUUUUUUUAUUAUUAUUGGCACUCCAACUGUGGAAAAACAACUAAAAAAUACGUUUUUCCCAUUUUUGUAAUGGAGUAAUUAUAGACCUAUCCAUCUCUGUGUGAAAAUAAAAAAUGAUGCUGCUGCCUUUCUAAGAUUUUUUUUGUUUUUUGGGGGGGGUUUUCCCCUUUUUCUCCCAAUUUGGAAUGCCCAAUUCCCAAUGCGCUCUAAGUCCUGGUGGUCGCAUAGUGAUUUGCCUCAGUCCGGGUGGCGGAGGACGAAUCCCAGUUGCCUCCGCGUCUGAGACAGUCAACCCGCGCAUCUUAUCACGUGGCUUGUUGAGCGCAUUGCCACGGAGACAUAGCGCGUGUGGAGGCUUCACGCCAUCCACCGCGGCAUCCACGCUCAAUUCACCAUGCGCCCCACCGAGAACAAACCACAUUAUAGCGACCAUAUAGGUUACCCCAUGUGACUCUACCUUCCCUAGCAACCGGGCCAAUUUGAUUGCUUAGGAGACCUGGCUGGAGUCACUGCCUUUCUAAGAUUAUUUUUUGACCUGCAUUUUUGCUUCAGAAUCAUAGGCAAAAAAAACAAAUAAUUUUGACCCCCUAUGUAAAAUAAUGUAUUACUCAGUAAAUAUUGAUCCAUUACAUGUAAGCUUGUUUUGGCUUUCGUCAUCAUUUAUGUUUUAUCUUUUUUCACAAAAAGUAUUAAAAUCAAAAAUUGCGGAUAGAGAAGUUUCUGAAAUUUGGUUGAUUUGACACGAAAUACCCCAUUUCUGAUUUUAUAUAUUUAUUUCUUCAUUGAAGUGGGAAAAGUCACAGUUCCAACAACAUGAGGGCGAGAAUUAUGAUGAAUUGUUUUUUUUUGUGUUUUUUUUAUACCUAUGUGAACAUGAGGGUGCAGCUUUCGAUUUCAGUAUCAGGAUUUGUUUUGUUUUUUAACCAAUCCAGUUUUCAAUAUGUGUAAACAACAUGUUUUUACUAAAAUUAAAUAAGGGCGGUUCAGUACCGUGACCUGAAACACUCCAACAUUUGGAUUGAAUGAUAGUCAGACAGACAUGCACUGUGCUUUACAACUGCUAACUUUACUUUGAUAUUAACCUCAGCUGCAGUUUUUAAAAUGUGCUUCCAGCUUUGUAAAAACUGGUACAACACAACUCGUAAUUUGUAAUUAAAGUAAUGGUAGUUAUUAAAUCUAUAGCUUUGGUUUAGGUGAGCAGUUUUCCCCCCUCCAAGUGUCAGAAUUCACUUUUACAUCCAUGCUUAGAGUUUAUCAGAUUUGUUUUAUUUUUAUAUGGUACACUACAGAUUUCAUUUGACAUUGUAUGUUUUCAUUUGUAUUCCAAGAAAGACGGACUUGGUUUUUUAAUGUGGAUUUUUAUCUUGUAAUUAUUUCUUGUCAAAGAUAAAGCUGCACAGUAAGUAAUCUCUAAGCAGGCGCUGUUCCUGGGCCAGUACUUUUAUGACUUCAACCACUGAAAUAAUAAAAUGACUUCAUGAAAUAAAAGAUUUUGAUUCAUGAU